UGGUUGCCGUCUAUGUGUAACCUGCGAUCGGCUGGGAACCACUUUAAGGUGUACACUCAGUUACCGCCGGAUUUACAGUUUUACUUUUUAUUUUAAUGUAUUCGCGGCGUACAAGUGCUUGACAAGGAAUAUAGGCUACACGGCGCAUACGCGUAAAUGCGAGUGACGCGGCAAGCGGUAUUAACGGAACAACGUCGUAAGGCCGAGGACUCCCUGUAUACUAGAAAGUACGUACAGUAUUGAGAGUUUGGACGCUAAUAGGGACGGCAUAAAAUAUAGAAACAUGCGCGUGUGCGUGCAGGUGAGCCGCGCAACACCGCGAACCAGACAACCCCAGUUUUGACUCCAUAUUGCCUUCAAAAGACGAGCGUCAAGUUUGCAAACAGUAGUUAGAGCGACACCGGAUGUUCGCGCGAAGCAGCCAUCACCGUAAAAGCGCUCCGUUCUCUUCUCACUUCGUAUAUUUUAUUUUGACGUCUGUCAUAUCGGCUGUCUGUAAUUGAGCGACAACCAGCACGGACCAAACUACAGGCGCGCACUACGCCGCCAAAUGACUGCAAGCAACAGCACGGAUAUUCUUCUGCUGGCUAUCAUUUAUUGUAAACUCUUUUUCGUACUUUUGGAGCGGGGAAAAAACAAAUUUUAUUUUUUAUGAAGAAUGGGCUGUGCAAUAUCUGGCUUGGCUGAAACUGCAGAUUUGGGAGAAAAGAGCACUCGCGAUGCUGGUGGAAGGGGAGGAGAAGCACAUCCCAGCCAAGACCAGAUUGACAUGAUCAAGGAGUCGUGGAAAGUUAUCAGGGACGACAUAGCGAAAGUUGGCAUCAUAGUGUUUGUCAGGCUCUUCGAGACCCACCCCGAAUGCAAGGACGUGUUCUUCCUGUUCCGAGAUGUCAAGGACCUGGAGAGAUUGCGGACCAGCCGCGAACUCAGAGCACACGGACUACGAGUCAUGUCUUUUAUUGAGAAAAGCGUGGCCAGGUUGGACCAACUGGAGCGACUGGAGGCUCUGGCGGAGGAGCUGGGAAAAAGCCAUUACCACUAUAACGCCCCUCCGCAAUACUACAGCUAUGUCGGAGCAGAAUUCAUCAGUGCCGUGCAGCCCAUCUUGAAGGACAGAUGGACCGCUGAGCUUGAGGAGGCUUGGAAGACUAUGUUCCAGUACGUGACCCGCCUGAUGAAGAAAGGCUACGCAGACGAGGACCGAGAGAACCAGGCGGCAGCCUCCCCCAAGGAAAGAGGACACAAGAGGAACACGGCACUAUGAGCGGCUCACCAAGUCUUGGUGUACAUGUUCGCCCUUUGAUUGCAGAAUGGACCCAAACACAACAGUGACCUUUUUUUUUUUUUUU